CAGUAUUUUGCUAUUUCAUUAACAGUUUAGAAACCUGAUAAUAACAUUCUAUAGAAACUUUUCCACGCAUUUAAACGUUUUAUUGAAAUGAAGGACGCAAUGAUUUUAUGAUCUUGUUUUCAUUUCGUCCGAAAUAGUUGCAAAAAUAUAUAGGAUUUACACCAUGUGCCGUAGUAUCAAAACCUUGCUCGCCGAAAUUUAUCUGCUGAGUGCAUGUUGGCGAAGUGUUUUAACAAUUUGUCCGAACAUAUCCGAAUAUCCGUAUUCUGUUUUCUUGGACAAAUCGCAUCAUUUUGAGUUUUCCUGGCGGCUAGAUUAUGAGAAAGAACUUGUGCACUUCCGGGUAUGUUUGGCCUCACAUCCAGCUUCAGUGUUUGGUGUUGGAUUCUCAAACUAUGGAGAGAUGGAAAAUUCAGACUUUGUGAUAUACUGGACAAGCGAAUCUGGAGUACAUCAUUUUCAGGACAUGUAUACGGAUAGUGAAGGAAUCCCUCAUGUUGACAAGAAACAAGACUACAAGCUUGAACACGUACAGACGCAAGGAAAGCACGUUAUUCUCGUGUUUAACCGGAAGUUUGACACGUGUGAUAAGCAUGACUAUAUAUUUGAU